GCAUCUUCAAUCUCUACAAGAUUCAUUACGAAAAGGACUCUUCUGACUUUCUUCCAAUUGGGCAGGUACAAGGAGGAGACACUAUGGGUGCCGGGACAAUUGCAGUCCUUCUUGGGACAGUGGCAUUUGGCAUUUCUGUUGGCGGAUAUGUUGAAACUGAAAUAGGAACAACUGUCGACGUGUCUCUUGUGAUGACGCUGGAGGAAUAUUUUGUGGACGAGUUGAAUAAUCGCAGCAGUGAACAAUACAAGCGUCUUGAAGCACAAGUGGUGGCAAUGUGCGACUUCAUUUACACCAAAGUAUUUAGGACUAAUUUUAUCAACACCAUCUUGAUUGGAUUCAGCCCUCAAAUGGGAGCCACGCGAGUGGAAGUGGUACUCAAGUUCUGCAAUGCAUCAAAUGAUCAAAUCCCACCAGAUGACGAAGUUGUAAAUAAAUUGGUAUAUGUUGUGAACAGUACCAGCAACCCUUUCAAGUUCACUGUCGCUCCAGAAUCAAUUGCAGUAAUUUCAAACGUAUCGACGACCACCCAAGAACCAACGUCGUCCCUCGGCUCAACGACGUCCGCCAAUGACUCGCCAUCGGCAACGACACAAGGGGCGACGACUACCGUCCCAGUUGCCCCACCGGCUGUGUUUGUCGAAGCCAUUUUGUUGGAGCCUUUUGUGGAAGAACUGAACAAUCGCAGCAGCCAACAAUUCAAGCAACUCGAAGCACAAGUGGUAUCAAUGUGUGACUUCAUCUUCUUCCAAGAGUUUGCUUCCAUUUUCUUUGGCACUUUUGUCAUUGGAUUUCGGCCACAGAUGGGAAACACGCAAGUCGACGUGGAGCUGCGGUUCAACAGUUCGGUACCGGCCGAAGCAAUACCAGAACCCGAUGCGGUCGUGGAAAUAUUGGUAGAAGCUGUGACGAGUCCCAACAACACCUUCAACCUCACUCUGGAUCCAGACUCGAUUGCAGUCAGUUCAAACGUAUCGACGACCACCCAAGAACCAACGUCGUCCCUCGGCUCAACGACGUCCGCCAAUGACUCGCCAUCGGCAACGACACAAGGGGCGACGACUGCCGUCCCAGUUGCCCCACCGGCUGUGUUUGUCGAAGCCAUUUUGUUGGAGCCUUUUGUGGAAGAACUGAACAAUCGCAGCAGCCAACAAUUCAAGCAACUCGAAGCACAAGUGGUAUCAAUGUGUGACUUCAUCUUCUUCCAAGAGUUUGCUUCCAUUUUCUUUGGCACUUUUGUCAUUGGAUUUCGGCCACAGAUGGGAAACACGCAAGUCGACGUGGAGCUGCGGUUCAACAGUUCGGUACCGGCCGAAGCAAUACCAGAACCCGAUGCGGUCGUGGAAAUAUUGGUAGAAGCUGUGACGAGUCCCAACAACACCUUCAACCUCACUCUGGAUCCAGACUCGAUUGCAGUCAGUUCAAACGUAUCGACGACCACCCAAGAACCAACGUCGUCCCUCGGCUCAACGACGUCCGCCAAUGACUCGCCAUCGGCAACGACACAAGGGGCGACGACUGCCGUCCCAGUUGCCCCACCGGCUGUGUUUGUCGAAGCCAUUUUGUUGGAGCCUUUUGUGGAAGAACUGAACAAUCGCAGCAGCCAACAAUUCAAGCAACUCGAAGCACAAGUGGUAUCAAUGUGUGACUUCAUCUUCUUCCAAGAGUUUGCUUCCAUUUUCUUUGGCACUUUUGUCAUUGGAUUUCGGCCACAGAUGGGAAACACGCAAGUCGACGUGGAGCUGCGGUUCAACAGUUCGGUACCGGCCGAAGCAAUACCAGAACCCGAUGCGGUCGUGGAAAUAUUGGUAGAAGCUGUGACGAGUCCCAACAACACCUUCAACCUCACUCUGGAUCCAGACUCGAUUGCAGUCAGUUCAAACGUAUCGACGACCACCCAAGAACCAACGUCGUCCCUCGGCUCAACGACGUCCGCCAAUGACUCGCCAUCGGCAACGACACAAGGGGCGACGACUGCCGUCCCAGUUGCCCCACCGGCUGUGUUUGUCGAAGCCAUUUUGUUGGAGCCUUUUGUGGAAGAACUGAACAAUCGCAGCAGCCAACAAUUCAAGCAACUCGAAGCACAAGUGGUAUCAAUGUGUGACUUCAUCUUCUUCCAAGAGUUUGCUUCCAUUUUCUUUGGCACUUUUGUCAUUGGAUUUCGGCCACAGAUGGGAAACACGCAAGUCGACGUGGAGCUGCGGUUCAACAGUUCGGUACCGGCCGAAGCAAUACCAGAACCCGAUGCGGUCGUGGAAAUAUUGGUAGAAGCUGUGACGAGUCCCAACAACACCUUCAACCUCACUCUGGAUCCAGACUCGAUUGCAGUCAGUUCAAACGUAUCGACGACCACCCAAGAACCAACGUCGUCCCUCGGCUCAACGACGUCCGCCAAUGACUCGCCAUCGGCAACGACACAAGGGGCGACGACUGCCGUCCCAGUUGCCCCACCGGCUGUGUUUGUCGAAGCCAUUUUGUUGGAGCCUUUUGUGGAAGAACUGAACAAUCGCAGCAGCCAACAAUUCAAGCAACUCGAAGCACAAGUGGUAUCAAUGUGUGACUUCAUCUUCUUCCAAGAGUUUGCUUCCAUUUUCUUUGGCACUUUUGUCAUUGGAUUUCGGCCACAGAUGGGAAACACGCAAGUCGACGUGGAGCUGCGGUUCAACAGUUCGGUACCGGCCGAAGCAAUACCAGAACCCGAUGCGGUCGUGGAAAUAUUGGUAGAAGCUGUGACGAGUCCCAACAACACCUUCAACCUCACUCUGGAUCCAGACUCGAUUGCAGUCAGUUCAAACGUAUCGACGACCACCCAAGAACCAACGUCGUCCCUCGGCUCAACGACGUCCGCCAAUGACUCGCCAUCGGCAACGACACAAGGGGCGACGACUGCCGUCCCAGUUGCCCCACCGGCUGUGUUUGUCGAAGCCAUUUUGUUGGAGCCUUUUGUGGAAGAACUGAACAAUCGCAGCAGCCAACAAUUCAAGCAACUCGAAGCACAAGUGGUAUCAAUGUGUGACUUCAUCUUCUUCCAAGAGUUUGCUUCCAUUUUCUUUGGCACUUUUGUCAUUGGAUUUCGGCCACAGAUGGGAAACACGCAAGUCGACGUGGAGCUGCGGUUCAACAGUUCGGUACCGGCCGAAGCAAUACCAGAACCCGAUGCGGUCGUGGAAAUAUUGGUAGAAGCUGUGACGAGUCCCAACAACACCUUCAACCUCACUCUGGAUCCAGACUCGAUUGCAGUCAGUUCAAACGUAUCGACGACCACCCAAGAACCAACGUCGUCCCUCGGCUCAACGACGUCCGCCAAUGACUCGCCAUCGGCAACGACACAAGGGGCGACGACUGCCGUCCCAGUUGCCCCACCGGCUGUGUUUGUCGAAGCCAUUUUGUUGGAGCCUUUUGUGGAAGAACUGAACAAUCGCAGCAGCCAACAAUUCAAGCAACUCGAAGCACAAGUGGUAUCAAUGUGUGACUUCAUCUUCUUCCAAGAGUUUGCUUCCAUUUUCUUUGGCACUUUUGUCAUUGGAUUUCGGCCACAGAUGGGAAACACGCAAGUCGACGUGGAGCUGCGGUUCAACAGUUCGGUACCGGCCGAAGCAAUACCAGAACCCGAUGCGGUCGUGGAAAUAUUGGUAGAAGCUGUGACGAGUCCCAACAACACCUUCAACCUCACUCUGGAUCCAGACUCGAUUGCAGUCAGUUCAAACGUAUCGACGACCACCCAAGAACCAACGUCGUCCCUCGGCUCAACGACGUCCGCCAAUGACUCGCCAUCGGCAACGACACAAGGGGCGACGACUGCCGUCCCAGUUGCCCCACCGGCUGUGUUUGUCGAAGCCAUUUUGUUGGAGCCUUUUGUGGAAGAACUGAACAAUCGCAGCAGCCAACAAUUCAAGCAACUCGAAGCACAAGUGGUAUCAAUGUGUGACUUCAUCUUCUUCCAAGAGUUUGCUUCCAUUUUCUUUGGCACUUUUGUCAUUGGAUUUCGGCCACAGAUGGGAAACACGCAAGUCGACGUGGAGCUGCGGUUCAACAGUUCGGUACCGGCCGAAGCAAUACCAGAACCCGAUGCGGUCGUGGAAAUAUUGGUAGAAGCUGUGACGAGUCCCAACAACACCUUCAACCUCACUCUGGAUCCAGACUCGAUUGCAGUCAGUUCAAACGUAUCGACGACCACCCAAGAACCAACGUCGUCCCUCGGCUCAACGACGUCCGCCAAUGACUCGCCAUCGGCAACGACACAAGGGGCGACGACUGCCGUCCCAGUUGCCCCACCGGCUGUGUUUGUCGAAGCCAUUUUGUUGGAGCCUUUUGUGGAAGAACUGAACAAUCGCAGCAGCCAACAAUUCAAGCAACUCGAAGCACAAGUGGUAUCAAUGUGUGACUUCAUCUUCUUCCAAGAGUUUGCUUCCAUUUUCUUUGGCACUUUUGUCAUUGGAUUUCGGCCACAGAUGGGAAACACGCAAGUCGACGUGGAGCUGCGGUUCAACAGUUCGGUACCGGCCGAAGCAAUACCAGAACCCGAUGCGGUCGUGGAAAUAUUGGUAGAAGCUGUGACGAGUCCCAACAACACCUUCAACCUCACUCUGGAUCCAGACUCGAUUGCAGUCAGUUCAAACGUAUCGACGACCACCCAAGAACCAACGUCGUCCCUCGGCUCAACGACGUCCGCCAAUGACUCGCCAUCGGCAACGACACAAGGGGCGACGACUGCCGUCCCAGUUGCCCCACCGGCUGUGUUUGUCGAAGCCAUUUUGUUGGAGCCUUUUGUGGAAGAACUGAACAAUCGCAGCAGCCAACAAUUCAAGCAACUCGAAGCACAAGUGGUAUCAAUGUGUGACUUCAUCUUCUUCCAAGAGUUUGCUUCCAUUUUCUUUGGCACUUUUGUCAUUGGAUUUCGGCCACAGAUGGGAAACACGCAAGUCGACGUGGAGCUGCGGUUCAACAGUUCGGUACCGGCCGAAGCAAUACCAGAACCCGAUGCGGUCGUGGAAAUAUUGGUAGAAGCUGUGACGAGUCCCAACAACACCUUCAACCUCACUCUGGAUCCAGACUCGAUUGCAGUCAGUUCAAACGUAUCGACGACCACCCAAGAACCAACGUCGUCCCUCGGCUCAACGACGUCCGCCAAUGACUCGCCAUCGGCAACGACACAAGGGGCGACGACUGCCGUCCCAGUUGCCCCACCGGCUGUGUUUGUCGAAGCCAUUUUGUUGGAGCCUUUUGUGGAAGAACUGAACAAUCGCAGCAGCCAACAAUUCAAGCAACUCGAAGCACAAGUGGUAUCAAUGUGUGACUUCAUCUUCUUCCAAGAGUUUGCUUCCAUUUUCUUUGGCACUUUUGUCAUUGGAUUUCGGCCACAGAUGGGAAACACGCAAGUCGACGUGGAGCUGCGGUUCAACAGUUCGGUACCGGCCGAAGCAAUACCAGAACCCGAUGCGGUCGUGGAAAUAUUGGUAGAAGCUGUGACGAGUCCCAACAACACCUUCAACCUCACUCUGGAUCCAGACUCGAUUGCAGUCAGUUCAAACGUAUCGACGACCACCCAAGAACCAACGUCGUCCCUCGGCUCAACGACGUCCGCCAAUGACUCGCCAUCGGCAACGACACAAGGGGCGACGACUGCCGUCCCAGUUGCCCCACCGGCUGUGUUUGUCGAAGCCAUUUUGUUGGAGCCUUUUGUGGAAGAACUGAACAAUCGCAGCAGCCAACAAUUCAAGCAACUCGAAGCACAAGUGGUAUCAAUGUGUGACUUCAUCUUCUUCCAAGAGUUUGCUUCCAUUUUCUUUGGCACUUUUGUCAUUGGAUUUCGGCCACAGAUGGGAAACACGCAAGUCGACGUGGAGCUGCGGUUCAACAGUUCGGUACCGGCCGAAGCAAUACCAGAACCCGAUGCGGUCGUGGAAAUAUUGGUAGAAGCUGUGACGAGUCCCAACAACACCUUCAACCUCACUCUGGAUCCAGACUCGAUUGCAGUCAGUUCAAACGUAUCGACGACCACCCAAGAACCAACGUCGUCCCUCGGCUCAACGACGUCCGCCAAUGACUCGCCAUCGGCAACGACACAAGGGGCGACGACUGCCGUCCCAGUUGCCCCACCGGCUGUGUUUGUCGAAGCCAUUUUGUUGGAGCCUUUUGUGGAAGAACUGAACAAUCGCAGCAGCCAACAAUUCAAGCAACUCGAAGCACAAGUGGUAUCAAUGUGUGACUUCAUCUUCUUCCAAGAGUUUGCUUCCAUUUUCUUUGGCACUUUUGUCAUUGGAUUUCGGCCACAGAUGGGAAACACGCAAGUCGACGUGGAGCUGCGGUUCAACAGUUCGGUACCGGCCGAAGCAAUACCAGAACCCGAUGCGGUCGUGGAAAUAUUGGUAGAAGCUGUGACGAGUCCCAACAACACCUUCAACCUCACUCUGGAUCCAGACUCGAUUGCAGUCAGUUCAAACGUAUCGACGACCACCCAAGAACCAACGUCGUCCCUCGGCUCAACGACGUCCGCCAAUGACUCGCCAUCGGCAACGACACAAGGGGCGACGACUGCCGUCCCAGUUGCCCCACCGGCUGUGUUUGUCGAAGCCAUUUUGUUGGAGCCUUUUGUGGAAGAACUGAACAAUCGCAGCAGCCAACAAUUCAAGCAACUCGAAGCACAAGUGGUAUCAAUGUGUGACUUCAUCUUCUUCCAAGAGUUUGCUUCCAUUUUCUUUGGCACUUUUGUCAUUGGAUUUCGGCCACAGAUGGGAAACACGCAAGUCGACGUGGAGCUGCGGUUCAACAGUUCGGUACCGGCCGAAGCAAUACCAGAACCCGAUGCGGUCGUGGAAAUAUUGGUAGAAGCUGUGACGAGUCCCAACAACACCUUCAACCUCACUCUGGAUCCAGACUCGAUUGCAGUCAGUUCAAACGUAUCGACGACCACCCAAGAACCAACGUCGUCCCUCGGCUCAACGACGUCCGCCAAUGACUCGCCAUCGGCAACGACACAAGGGGCGACGACUGCCGUCCCAGUUGCCCCACCGGCUGUGUUUGUCGAAGCCAUUUUGUUGGAGCCUUUUGUGGAAGAACUGAACAAUCGCAGCAGCCAACAAUUCAAGCAACUCGAAGCACAAGUGGUAUCAAUGUGUGACUUCAUCUUCUUCCAAGAGUUUGCUUCCAUUUUCUUUGGCACUUUUGUCAUUGGAUUUCGGCCACAGAUGGGAAACACGCAAGUCGACGUGGAGCUGCGGUUCAACAGUUCGGUACCGGCCGAAGCAAUACCAGAACCCGAUGCGGUCGUGGAAAUAUUGGUAGAAGCUGUGACGAGUCCCAACAACACCUUCAACCUCACUCUGGAUCCAGACUCGAUUGCAGUCAGUUCAAACGUAUCGACGACCACCCAAGAACCAACGUCGUCCCUCGGCUCAACGACGUCCGCCAAUGACUCGCCAUCGGCAACGACACAAGGGGCGACGACUGCCGUCCCAGUUGCCCCACCGGCUGUGUUUGUCGAAGCCAUUUUGUUGGAGCCUUUUGUGGAAGAACUGAACAAUCGCAGCAGCCAACAAUUCAAGCAACUCGAAGCACAAGUGGUAUCAAUGUGUGACUUCAUCUUCUUCCAAGAGUUUGCUUCCAUUUUCUUUGGCACUUUUGUCAUUGGAUUUCGGCCACAGAUGGGAAACACGCAAGUCGACGUGGAGCUGCGGUUCAACAGUUCGGUACCGGCCGAAGCAAUACCAGAACCCGAUGCGGUCGUGGAAAUAUUGGUAGAAGCUGUGACGAGUCCCAACAACACCUUCAACCUCACUCUGGAUCCAGACUCGAUUGCAGUCAGUUCAAACGUAUCGACGACCACCCAAGAACCAACGUCGUCCCUCGGCUCAACGACGUCCGCCAAUGACUCGCCAUCGGCAACGACACAAGGGGCGACGACUGCCGUCCCAGUUGCCCCACCGGCUGUGUUUGUCGAAGCCAUUUUGUUGGAGCCUUUUGUGGAAGAACUGAACAAUCGCAGCAGCCAACAAUUCAAGCAACUCGAAGCACAAGUGGUAUCAAUGUGUGACUUCAUCUUCUUCCAAGAGUUUGCUUCCAUUUUCUUUGGCACUUUUGUCAUUGGAUUUCGGCCACAGAUGGGAAACACGCAAGUCGACGUGGAGCUGCGGUUCAACAGUUCGGUACCGGCCGAAGCAAUACCAGAACCCGAUGCGGUCGUGGAAAUAUUGGUAGAAGCUGUGACGAGUCCCAACAACACCUUCAACCUCACUCUGGAUCCAGACUCGAUUGCAGUCAGUUCAAACGUAUCGACGACCACCCAAGAACCAACGUCGUCCCUCGGCUCAACGACGUCCGCCAAUGACUCGCCAUCGGCAACGACACAAGGGGCGACGACUGCCGUCCCAGUUGCCCCACCGGCUGUGUUUGUCGAAGCCAUUUUGUUGGAGCCUUUUGUGGAAGAACUGAACAAUCGCAGCAGCCAACAAUUCAAGCAACUCGAAGCACAAGUGGUAUCAAUGUGUGACUUCAUCUUCUUCCAAGAGUUUGCUUCCAUUUUCUUUGGCACUUUUGUCAUUGGAUUUCGGCCACAGAUGGGAAACACGCAAGUCGACGUGGAGCUGCGGUUCAACAGUUCGGUACCGGCCGAAGCAAUACCAGAACCCGAUGCGGUCGUGGAAAUAUUGGUAGAAGCUGUGACGAGUCCCAACAACACCUUCAACCUCACUCUGGAUCCAGACUCGAUUGCAGUCAGUUCAAACGUAUCGACGACCACCCAAGAACCAACGUCGUCCCUCGGCUCAACGACGUCCGCCAAUGACUCGCCAUCGGCAACGACACAAGGGGCGACGACUGCCGUCCCAGUUGCCCCACCGGCUGUGUUUGUCGAAGCCAUUUUGUUGGAGCCUUUUGUGGAAGAACUGAACAAUCGCAGCAGCCAACAAUUCAAGCAACUCGAAGCACAAGUGGUAUCAAUGUGUGACUUCAUCUUCUUCCAAGAGUUUGCUUCCAUUUUCUUUGGCACUUUUGUCAUUGGAUUUCGGCCACAGAUGGGAAACACGCAAGUCGACGUGGAGCUGCGGUUCAACAGUUCGGUACCGGCCGAAGCAAUACCAGAACCCGAUGCGGUCGUGGAAAUAUUGGUAGAAGCUGUGACGAGUCCCAACAACACCUUCAACCUCACUCUGGAUCCAGACUCGAUUGCAGUCAGUUCAAACGUAUCGACGACCACCCAAGAACCAACGUCGUCCCUCGGCUCAACGACGUCCGCCAAUGACUCGCCAUCGGCAACGACACAAGGGGCGACGACUGCCGUCCCAGUUGCCCCACCGGCUGUGUUUGUCGAAGCCAUUUUGUUGGAGCCUUUUGUGGAAGAACUGAACAAUCGCAGCAGCCAACAAUUCAAGCAACUCGAAGCACAAGUGGUAUCAAUGUGUGACUUCAUCUUCUUCCAAGAGUUUGCUUCCAUUUUCUUUGGCACUUUUGUCAUUGGAUUUCGGCCACAGAUGGGAAACACGCAAGUCGACGUGGAGCUGCGGUUCAACAGUUCGGUACCGGCCGAAGCAAUACCAGAACCCGAUGCGGUCGUGGAAAUAUUGGUAGAAGCUGUGACGAGUCCCAACAACACCUUCAACCUCACUCUGGAUCCAGACUCGAUUGCAGUCAGUUCAAACGUAUCGACGACCACCCAAGAACCAACGUCGUCCCUCGGCUCAACGACGUCCGCCAAUGACUCGCCAUCGGCAACGACACAAGGGGCGACGACUGCCGUCCCAGUUGCCCCACUAGUCGUGUCUCUUAAAGCCACUCUGUUGGAACCUUAUGUUGAAGCAUUGAACAAUCGCAGCAGUGAACAAUAUCAACAACUUGAAACAGAAGUGAUAUCUAUGUGUGACUCGAUCCUCUUGCAAGAAUUUGGAACCAUUUUCAUCCGCACCAUUGUUAAUGGAUUUAGUCCACAACAGGGAAACACAAAAGUCGAAUUGGACCUGGAGUUCAACAAUUCAGUACCGACUGAUCAGAUCCCAGAAGCUGAGGUGGUUGUUGAGAAAUUGGUACAAGCUGUGAAUAGUACCAAUAAUACCUUUCCACUCACAUUUGCUCCAGACUCAAUUGCAGUCAUUACUGACGCAUUGGAAAAUACUACAACUGAUGGACCAUCACCCACACAUGGGCCAACAGCCACCCAUGUGCCCACCACUGAAGGGCCAACCAUCACUCAUGGGCCAACUAUCACCCAUGUUCCUACAAUUGAUAAUCGAACCACCACUCACAUCUUUACAACUCACGGGCCAAUGAUCACUCAAGAGCAACCCCCUACUGAUGUGCCAACUACUGCUCAUUUGCCUACAACUCAAGGGACAACCAACACACAAGGACCAACUCCCACAAAAGGGCCAACCACCACACAUGUCCCUACAACUAAAGGGCCAACCAUCACUCAAGAGCCAACCCCCACCGAUGUCCCUACAACUAAAGGGCCAACCAUCACUCAAGAGCCAACCCCCAUUCAUGUCCCUACAACUAAAGGACCAACAAUCACUCAAGAGCCAACCCCCACCCAUGUCCCUACAGCUAAAGGGCCAACCAUCACUCAAGAGCCAACCCCCACCCAUGUCCCUACAACUAAAGGGCCAACCAUCAAUAUAGGACCAACUCCUACCAAUGUCCCUACAACAACUAAAGGGCCAACAAUCACUCAAGAGCCAACCACCAUUCAUGUCCCUACAACUAAAGGGCCAACAAUCACUCAAGAGCCAACCCCCAUUCAUGUCCCUACAACUAAAGGGCCAACAAUCACUCAAGAGCCAACCCCCACCCAUGUCCCUACAGCUAAAGGGCCAACCAUCACUCAAGAGCCAACCCCCACCCAUGUCCCUACAACUAAAGGGCCAACCAUCAAUACAGGACCAACUCCUACCAAUGUCCCUACAACAACUAAAGGGCCAACAAUCACUCAAGAGCCAACCACCAUUCAUGUCCCUACAACUACAGGGCCAACCAUCACUCAAGAGCCAACACUCACCGAUGUCCCUACAACUAAAGGGCCAACCAUCACUCAAAAGCCAACCCCCACCCAUGUCCCUACAACUAAAGGGCCAACCAUCACUCAAGAGCCAACCCCCACCGAUGUCCCUACAACUAAAGGGCCAACCAUCACUCAAGAGCCAACCCCCAUUCAUGUCCCUACAACUAAAGGACCAACAAUCACUCAAGAGCCAACCCCCACCUAUGUCCCUACAGCUAAAGGGUCAACCAUCACUCAAGAGCCAACCCCCACCCAUGUCCCUACAACUAAAGGGCCAACCAUCAAUAUAGGACCAACUCCUACCAAUGUCCCUACAACAACUAAAGGGCCAACAAUCACUCAAGAACCAACCACCAUUCAUGUCCCUACAACUAAAGGGCCAACAAUCACUCAAGAGCCAACCCCCACCGAUGUCCCUACAACUAAAGGGCCAACCAUCACUCAAGAGCCAACCCCCAUUCAUGUCCCUACAACUAAAGGACCAACAAUCACUCAAGAGCCAACCCCCACCUAUGUCCCUACAGCUAAAGGGCCAACCAUCACUCAAGAGCCAACCCCCACCCAUGUCCCUACAACUAAAGGGCCAACCAUCAAUAUAGGACCAACUCCUACCAAUGUCCCUACAACAACUAAAGGGCCAACAAUCACUCAAGAGCCAACCACCAUUCAUGUCCCUACAACUAAAGGGCCAACAAUCACUCAAGAGCCAACCCCCACCCAUGUCCCUACAGCUAAAGAGCCAACCAUCACUCAAGAGCCAACCCCCACCCAUGUCCCUACAGCUAAAGGGCCAACCAUCACUCAAGAGCCAACCCCCACCCAUGUCCCUACAACUAAAGGGCCAACCAUCAAUGUAGGACCAACUCCUACCAAUGUCCCUACAACAACUAAAGGGCCAACAAUCACUCAGGGGCCUACUGCUCCAAAUCCAACAACUCCAGCAGUAGUCCCCACAUCUUCACCACCGGUUGUUGUGCUGUCAGCAACUUUGGAGGAGCCGUUUGUGGAAGAAUUCAACAAUGUCAGCAGUUCACAAUACAUAGCCCUUGAAAGGAGGGUUGUGAAUUCGUGUGACGCCAUCUACAGGGCAAGAUUUGGCUUUUUCUUUAUCCGUACCUUUGUUAUUCGAAUUUUCCGCGCUGUGGUGUUGACGCGAAUGGAAAAGACGCAAGUGGAAGUUGGACUGGUGUUCAAGAACACAUCUUCCACUCCCGCGGACAAGGAAGUCGUUGCUACUUUAGAGGAAACUCUUGGUCAGCCCAACAACACCUUCAACAUCAGCCUUGUUGCCGAGAGCAUUGAAGUCAUUGACUCUCCGCACAAAAAUUCAACGACAGCAAAACCCAACACCACUGCGGCUCCAGCUACGACGGCCACCAAGAAUCCCGUGACGACCACCACAUCACUCACAACUCGGACUUUGAGGUUUACGUCUGUCGGCGAGGUGUUCACGAGCGACUUGCUCAAUCAGUCGUCUACUGCGUUUAUCAGUCGAGCGUCGCUCAUCAAGAGGACGCUUGAACCACUCUACAAUGUCACGUUUUCUUCAUUCAACGACCUGACAGUAACGUCAUUCAGUAAUGGCUCUAUUGUCAACUCCAUGGACUUGAGAUUCGAAUCCAGCCUGGUGCCCAGCAAUAAUGCCAUUGCUAACGUUUUGAUCAACGCGGCGUCCGACAUCACAGCCUUCAACGUGGACACUUCAUCCAUUUUUGUCAACGGCCUACUGAUUUCAAGCGCAGCGAGCCAUAAGACGAGCCUCAUCACCGCAUCUGGCAUGGUACUGGUGUCAUGGUUACUGGUGGGCCAGCAGUAGCAUCUUGGGCCAAUUUGGCAAAAUUGGUCGCCAGGGAUCGCCGAUUGCCAUAUCAUUAAGUUACAUUUAUCGGGAAGUGUAUGUAAAUGAAAGCUUUUGCACACUGUAUGAGAACAAAAGCUUUUGGAUUUUCUGACUGUCUAGUAAAAUUAAAGCCUGUAGAUAUUAUUUAAAUGGGAGCUUUGUACACUGUGUAAGAACUGAAGUCUUUUGACAUGCCAUACAAAUGAAAGUUGUUAUACACUGUGUACAAAUUAAAGCCUUUUAAAACUA